AUGUCGAAUAAUUUCUCCCCACCCAACAAAAAUCCCUACUUCUUUAUUUGUCCUCUUUCUUUCAUGUUUACGAUGGGGGCUAACAGAUUUUUCUCUUUUCCUUCCUUUUUUUUUAUUCAUUCCUUUGCCAAUAUUUUCUGUAUACUUUCUUUCUUUCUUUCUUUCUUUCUUUCUUUCUUUCUUUCUUUCUUUCUAGGCUACAUUGAUUACCAUUUAUUUUCCUUUCAUUAUCUCUAUCUUUCUCCCUUCCUUCCUUCCUUCCUUCCUUCCUUUCUUUCUUUCUUUCUUUCUUUCUUUCUUUCUUUCUUUCUUCCUUCCUUCCUUCCUUCCUUUGUAUUUACUUGUUAUUUCACAUUUGUGACUAUUUUCUUUAUCUGUCCACAUUGUUUCUACCCUAUUUUCAAAUCUUUGCCCCAUUUUCCUUUUAUGAUUUCUUUCUUUCUUUCUUUCUUUCUUUUUCUUUUCUUUUGUUUCUUUUUUCUUCCUUCUUUCUACUCACGCAUUCAUUCCUUUUUAUCUCUUAAUCUAUUUACACUUUUCAUUUUCAUUCAUUACACCUCUCCUUCUAUUUCUUUCUUUCUUCUUUUCUUUCUCAAUCUAUCUAUCUAUCUAUCUAUCUAUCUAUCUAUCUAUCUAUCUAUCUAUCUAUCUAUCUAUUACUUUUUGACACAGGCACCCGUGGGGAUGGAAUCACCAAUCGAAAGCGAAGGACAACUCAGCAAAUGUCUGUCGUGUUCAGGAAUUGAGAGUGUCCGCUGUCUCGCGUCGUCCCACUCCCAACCGACACCGUAUCGUUCAUUGCAGAACUUCUUUGGUGUCGGGUGA